AAUGACAUUACAUUGUGUUUUCAUGCAAUGCUUCUGUCCCAUGGUUUCAGAUUUCCCACAGUAAUCUAAAGCUUCACUGUGUAACAACAUCCCUAUAAUGCACUUCUGAAGCCAUUAAAAUGUUGUUGUUCACAGUAAUUAAUAAUUUUACAGUAAAUACAAUGCAGUGCAAAAAAAUGGAUUUGUUUGUCGCUAAUGCAGGCAGAAUACUGAAAACAAAAUCUGAGAGAUUUAAUAACAUAGCUCUAAUUACACACUUUAUUUCACCUUUAACACCUCCAACAUAAGCUGGAAUAACUAUCUGAACACAUUCACAAUUUACAAAACAAAUUUACAAAAGCAGUCUUUAUCCAAUCACAAAACAUCAAGUAAACACUAACUAUUAAUAUGUCAGAUCCCAAGUACAUAGACAUGCUGUGUAUGAUCUUACUUAGGAGAAACAGGAGGGGGAGAAAAAGAGAGCAGAUGGAAGACAUUUUGGCUGACAUCAGUGUAAUCACAGUUUCCUUUAAGAGGCUGAGUCAGAGACAGACUGAGUAGAGUAGAGAGAUUGCUGGAGCAGUGUAGCUGAACGUUUAACACGUGGACUUACUUGGGAGGAAUGACUCUUCAACCUACAAGCAUCCCAGACUUCAGCACUACAGCUUUACAUGGAGACCAAAACAACACCAAUGGCAGCCUUUGUCCUGAUCCGGAUUCCUGGGAAUGGCUCAACACCAGGCAGCCAGUGUAUAUCCUGCUCAUCACGGUGCUGGGGAUCGUGUUUAAUGUGUUUGUCCUGAUGGUUUUCUGCCUUCAUAAGAAGGCCUGCACUGUGGCUGAGAUCUACUUGAGUAACCUGGCUGCUGCUGACAUUGUCCUGGUGUCCUGUUUGCCUUUCUGGGCUGUCAAUGUAGCCAAUGGUUUCAACUGGCCUUUUGGUCUUUUCUUGUGCAAAGUCGUCAACCUGGGCAUUAAAAUGAAUGCCUACUGCAGCAUCUAUUUCCUUGUUUUGAUCAGCAUAGAUCGCUAUGUGGCACUGGUGCAUACAAUGUCCCAUGGCAGGAUGCGUAGGCCAAAAUAUGCCAAACUGGGCUGUCUGCUGAUGUGGGGUUUUGGCUUGCUCCUGAGUGUCCCCGCGCUCAUUUUCAGGGAAGUGAAAUAUUUUCCCGAGUACGAUGUAAAUGCAUGCUUUCUAGACUACCCAAACCACACUGUAGAGCUGCUCUGUGAUGGGAUGUUGAUUGUUUUUAGCUUUAUCAUCCCAUUUUCGAUUAUCUUAUACUGCACUGUCAAGAUUAUUCAGGCUUUGAAGAUCCAGGCAAUAGAGAGGUUCAAUGCUGAGAAAACAGAGCAGAGGGCCACCACUCUGGUGCUGGUGGUCCUCCUGGCAUUCAUGAUCUGCUGGGUGCCGUUUCACGUGGUCACCACACUAGACGUGCUCUUACGAGCUGAUGUCCUGGGUGGGUGUCACGUCAUCACUGUCCUAGAGAUCUGCAACCAGAUCUUCACAUACUUAGCCUUCUUCAACAGUGUUCUCAACCCCAUCCUCUAUGUCAUCGUAGGAAAGAAUUUCCGGAAAAAAGUUCGGGAAGUCUUCAAGCAGUGGAGCAUUAAGAGAACAGUGACCUCGGAAUCCACACGUUCACUGUCCUCUACACUGAAGACUUUGGUUUAAAAUACUGAUCCUCUUACGUCAAUGGAUGAAACAAUAAUUUGUUGUAGAUGUAAUUGUGUAGUAAUUCCGUCUCGUCAACAUACAAGGCUUGAAUUAAUCUUUCCUCCUGAAAAAGGUGUUACAGAUAGCUAACAAGUGUUAUUGUGUCUCAACCAUGUUAAAUAAUUAUGUAAUUUAUUUUUUCACUUUUAUAACAGUUUGACCACAUGGUGUAACUUAAAUCUAGCCUCUUGUUACAAACAUUGGUAACAGUAUCUUGAAUGUACAGAUGUUGCAAAUUAAAUCAGCCUGGUUGCUGCAAAAUAAUGUAUGUAAAUACAGUUUUCAUAUUCUGUCUUGUAUUGCUAAUAACUCAGAUUAUAAAUAAUACCAGUAUUAGU